UCAACAGAAAUUGAUCCUCCUUUCCUUUUAUAAAAUCAACAAAGCCUCAUGAUGACCAAAUUCUCCACCAUGCCGCACAAAGCACUCAAUUAGGAGCUACCAGAGCCUAGAACAAGAACUGAUCUGGGCACAUCUGUACCACAUCUAUACCACAUCUAUACUGACCUAAAAAAGGCAAAUUUCCAUCUCAUUUACCGUGUGAUGUCGAAAAGUAAGAAGGAAUUUCAAGAAAUGGGAGGAAACAAAAACGGGAAACAAGAAAACAUCACCGCCACACCCACCGAUUGCUUAUGCUAUGGCUCCACAACACCAAACAGUCUUCUUUGAACAAGUAGAGGAGGAUCCAGAGCGCAAUGAUGACGGAGAGGAGGGCGAGAGAGAACGGGGCGAUGAGGAGGGAUAGGGCGCAAGUGGCGGCCACGACGAAGGAGUAGUUGGCAAGGAAAUAGCAGAGAUUGCAGCGGGCGCGGGCGGGGAAGGAAUCGGGCCAGGAGUAGGAGAUGGAAAUGCAGGUGAUUUUAGAAAGGGACGAAAAACAGUAGAGG